AUGCAGGAGCUGAAGGGGAACAUCAGGGUUCACUGCCGGGUCCGCCCCUUGCUGCCCUUCGAUGCUGCGGAGCCUGACGGGGAGGCCUCCCAGGACAGCCCUGCCGGGACUCUGCUACGGGAGACACUGCUCCACCCCGGACAGCGCCGCGCCCACCCCUCGUCCUGUGGGGAGGGAGGGCGUCAGGCUCUGUCCUUCACAGACCCCCACCCCGUGCAGGGAGGAGGCGUCACUCGGAUUCCACCCGUGGUUCCCACCCGGGAGCCUGCGGUCGUGGACACGGGUCGUGCCAAUGGCCCGUUCAGAGUUCCCCUUGUUCUCCCCCCUCCCCCGCUCCCCUGCCCCUGCGGAGGUCGGGGCGUCCACAUCCGCGUCCACGUCCCCGUCCACAUCCCCGUCCACGUCCCCGUCCACAUCCGCGCCGUAGUCGGCUCCGGCCCUGGCGACGUGGCCCGCGCCCUGGAUGAUGAAACCGUCCUGGUGAAAUGUCACCGGCCCGGCCACCCGGACACGGAUAGGAUGUACAGUUUUGAAAGAGUCUAUGGCCCUGCAGAGUCUCAGGCGGCUGUGUUUGAAGACGUGCGGCCCCUGCUCACCUCCCUCUUGGACGGGUACAACGUGUGCAUCAUGGCGUAUGGGCAGACGGGGAGCGGGAAGAGCCACACCAUGCUGGGGCCGCCUCCCGACGCGCCCCCCGACCCCGGCGUCGUCCCCCGAGCCGCGGACGAGCUCUUCAGGCUCCUUGCGGAGAACCCGUCACAAAGCCCGCGCGUGGACGUGUCCGUCGUGGAGAUUUAUAACAAUGACGUCUACGACCUCCUGGCCAAGGGCAGGGGUGGCGCCGCGGUGGCCGGCGCCAGGCGAGAGGUGGUGACCACCCCGGAGGGACAGGCGGAAGUGCCCGGGCUGACGUGCAGGGCCGUCACCAGUGCCGUGGAAUUUGUGGGCCUCCUCCACGGAGGUCUGCGGCUGCGGGUCACGCACCCCACGCUGGUGCACGCAGACUCCUCCCGAUCUCACCUGGUGGUCACGGUCACGCUGACCACGGCCGCUCCACCGUGCAGCACGGACCCGCCGUCCAGCCCGGCCCCCGGCCAGGAGCGAGCCGGGGCGGGCAGGUGGCAGAGCGGCCCCCGCAGGGAGUCGCGGCCGUGGCUCAGCCCAGCCGAGGGGCCGGGCAGCCGGAGGCAGCGGCAGACCAAGCUGCAGCUGGUGGACUUGGCCGGGAGCGAGUGCGUGGGCGCCUCGGGGGUGACGGGCGAGGCGCGGCGGGAGACCUCGUUCAUCAACCGGAGCCUCGCAGCCCUGGCGGACGUGCUGGGGGCCCUGUCGGCGGGCGGCGGCCACGUCCCGUACCGGAACAGCAAGCUCACGCACCUGCUGCGGGACUCCAUCGGAGGCGACGCGAAGCUGCUGCUGCUCCUGUGUGUGGCUCCGGGCCGCGCGCGCCGGGCCGAGACCCUGCAGAGCCUGGCGUUCGGGGCCCGGGCGCGGCAGGCCCGGCGCGGCCGGCCAGGAGGCGGCGGCCCACGGGCCCCACCCACGCGUGAGCCCCCCGCCCCCCCGGCCUUCCUGUCCCGCUCCCCGGGGGCGUGCGAGCCCAGAAAUAAACGCGGAUGUGCCGGCUGCACGGAGAGCCCAGGCUGGUGUUCGGGGCUGCGGCGAGGGGGGCACGAAGGAGGGGCGGCGGAGGCCCCGGCAGGGCUCCCAGAGGGGCUCCGAGGCCUGGGGGGGUCGCUGCCCCCGUAG